GGACAUCGUACCCACAGAGAGAGGGCCUGAGCCAGCGCCCUCAUGGCGGGUGACAGGGAGCCCCAGAGGCUGAGCAGGCCCAAUUAUGGCUCCAUCUCCAGCCCACCCAGCUCAGAGUCCCAGCAAGUGCCUCCCGAAGACACCUACCUGAGUGAAAAGAUCCCUGUCCCGGACACAGGACCGGGCACCUUCAGUCUGCGGAAGCUGUGGGCCUUCACCGGGCCGGGCUUCCUCAUGAGCAUCGCUUUCCUGGACCCAGGAAACAUCGAGUCAGAUCUUCAGACUGGCGCUGUGGCUGGAUUCAAACUGCUCUGGGUGCUGCUGUGGGCCACCGUGCUGGGUUUACUCUGCCAGCGCCUUGCGGCUCGGCUGGGCGUGGUGACAGGCAAAGACCUGGGUGAGGUCUGCCAUCUCUACUAUCCUAAGGUGCCCCGCAUCUUCCUCUGGCUGACAAUAGAGCUGGCCAUCGUGGGCUCGGACAUGCAGGAGGUGAUCGGCACAGCUAUCGCAUUCAGCCUGCUCUCCGCUGGACGCAUCCCGCUGUGGGGUGGCGUCCUCAUCACCAUCGUGGACACCUUUGUCUUCCUCUUCCUCGAUAACUACGGGCUGCGGAAGCUGGAAGCCUUUUUUGGGCUUCUUAUUACCAUUAUGGCCUUGACGUUUGGCUAUGAGUAUGUGGUGGCACGUCCUAAUCAGGGAGCGCUUCUUCGGGGCCUGUUCCUGCCCACGUGCUACGACUGCAGCCAGGGCGAGCUGCUGCAGGCUGUGGGCAUCGUGGGUGCCAUCAUCAUGCCGCACAAUAUCUACCUGCACUCUUCCCUGGUCAAGUCUCGAGAGGUCGACCGGGCCCGGAGGGCAGACAUCCGAGAGGCCAACAUGUACUUCCUAAUUGAGGCCGCCAUCGCUCUGUCUGUCUCCUUCCUCAUCAACCUCUUCGUUGUGUCUGUCUUUGGGCAGGCCUUCUACCGGCAAACCAACCAGGCUACGUUCAACAUCUGUGCCAACAGCAGCCUCCACGAUUACGCCAAGAUCUUCCCCCAGAACAACCUUACCGUGGAUGUGGACAUUUACCGAGGAGGCGUGGUUCUCGGUUGCCUCUUUGGCCCUGCAGCCCUCUACAUCUGGGCGGUGGGUCUUUUGGCGGCUGGCCAGAGCUCCACCAUGACCGGCACCUACGCGGGACAGUUCGUGAUGGAGGGCUUCCUGAAGCUGCGGUGGUCACGCUUUGCCAGAGUCGUCCUCACCCGCUGCUGCGCCAUCCUGCCCACCGUGCUGGUGGCAGUCUUCAGUGAUGUGCGCGAACUCUCCAGCCUCAAUGACCUCCUCAACGUGCUGCAGAGCUUGCUGCUCCCUUUCGCUGUGCUGCCCAUCCUCACCUUCACCAGCAUGCCUGCCCUCAUGCAGGAGUUUGCCAACGGCCUGCUGAGCAAGGUGGUCACUUCCUCCAUCAUGGCGCUGGUCUGUGCCAUCAAUUUCUACUUGGUGAUCAGCUACCUGCCCAGCAUCCCCCACCCGGCUUACUUAAGCCUUGUCGCCCUGUUGGGUGUAGCCUACUUGGGCCUCAUCACCUACCUGGUCUGGACCUGUGGCAUCGCCCACGGAGCCUCGCGUCUAGCCCACAGCUCUCACCAGCACUUUCUGUACGGGCGUCCCCAAGAGUAGCAGCAGGACCGUGAGUUUUGCAAGCACGGCAAGGCAGGCUCAGACUUGCCGGGAAGAGCAAUUAACCCCCGUGCCUCAAUGUCCUCAUCUGUAACACGGAGACAUAGCGAAGCCUGCAAGGCCAGCAAAGCACUUUCAUGCAGUGCUUGCAAGACACUUGGGCCUAAAAAAAGCAACUCACCCUAAAAGUGCUUACUGAGCACCGCAGGAGCGACCUGACAGAUCCCAGUGGUGGUGCUGGGACGCGAGUUCCAAAUUAGAGACUACGGAAUGCUAAGGCGCUCGUUCACGUCCCCAGCGAAAGAGCGCCACGAAGCCGGGAGAGCACUAGCUCCCUACGCCAUCAACAGAAGCCUCCAACUCGGACGUCGGUUCGCUCCUACAACUGUUCGCCUUUUUGUUCCACCCACACCCACGUUCCAGGGCGUGAAACCGAGGCACCGUUUAACCCCCUUCGGGCGCCAGGUCUAAGAAGCCCCAGAGGCUGUGCCUCCCGGGCCCAACUCAUUUGUUAUCUCCCCAGGGGACCGCGCGGCCGGCACUCCCACGCCGUGCAGUGGCGGCUCCCGGCUCCCCCUAGGGGCAGAGACGGUUCCCAGCGCCCGCGCUUCCUCGGCCGCGCCCUCCCCAACCCGCCCGGGGAGCGAAGGAGGCUGGCGCGGGCUUAGCGCGCUGGGGCUCCGGAAUCCGCCUGGAGAGUCGGUGGGGGGAGCUGUGUAGGCGGGGAACCCCCUCGGAAGCUAGGUCGGCACCCCUUCGGCCCGCGUAGGUGCUGCACUUUACAGACGCUCCCUGGGCUGUUUCUAGGCUCCCCAAAGUCCCUCCUCCCGCCUAUUCGCGGCUCUCGGACCGCGGCUGGGAGCUGCUGAGAAGCGCGGCCGAGAGAGGCCGUGGGGUCUUUCCCCAGGGUGGGCCCCGGAGUCGGCGCUGUGCCUGGAAGCACCCCCGGUUUCCCCGAGAUCCGGCGGCGGGGCAGGCGGCUCGGCUCUGCACUCCGGUUGGGGCGCUUGUUUAUGAAAAGAAUUUCCUCUCUCUUAAAAGGGCAACGUUGCGAGUGGGGCCCGCGAGGAGGGCCGGAUGGGACUGCUCUGGCUCAACCUAAGCGAACAACGGUGGGAGCGGGUAGCUGGGCGUGAAAGCCGCCCACUUCCUUUCUCUGGCUUGUCCCUGGGGAAGAGGGGACCCACGUAGGCUGAAGGAGAUGGCUGGAGAGCUCUGUAAUAGAAAAAGCCUUUCAUUCACCAGACCGUUCCUCCAGGAGGUGCCCCUAGUUGCAGGCCCCUCUGGUCAAGGGCCAGGGCUAGAAGAUGGGCAAGGAAGCAAAGUCCCAAAAUGAAAGUCAGCUCUCAAGGACCUCACAUUCCAGUGUGGGGGUGGAGGCGGGAUGCCAGUUCUCUGACAACAACACUAUACCCAGGGAUGAGGCUGGGAAGUGCAGGUGCCUCUGCUCACCUGAAACGCGCAAAUGAAGAUAAACUCAGACUGGAUUUGGAAGCCCAUCAGGAAGGAGAGCUGAGGUGGGGGUGCUGGCAAGCGCGAGAAUGAGCAGGGGUGUCCUGGAGAAUGAGCAGGGGUGUCCUGGAGCCUGAAGCAGGACUGCAGGAACGACCCCGCUGGAAUGGGCAGGCUGGUCGACCCAGUGUUUAAGCCUGGACUUGAAACUUGAGGGCAAGGACAGUGGUCAGGGGAGGGCACCAAAGGUCAGCUAAAGGGCUACCCUGGUCCAGCAAACUGGGCAUUGGGAGGUGAGGCCAAGCCCAGCCACUGGGGUAGAGUGGGGUACCGCCCCACCCCUAUGGAAGUUCUGGUCUGCUACUGCCCAGGCCCUGGUCUAGCUUGUGUGAGGAGGGGAUGCACCACCGGCCCCUCAGCUACAUGGUUUGGCACCGGGGCUCUCCUGGGAGCCUGCUGAGAGCGCCCCGUGUGCCAGGGUGAGGCUUUACCAGUCCCUCUUGACUAGGAAGGUCUGAUGCAGGGGGAGUGGAGACACUUGCCUAGUUACCAGACAACUGGGCUGAGUCCCUGUGUUCUCCGACUCAGCACAGGGCUUGGCUCCUCCUAGGGAAACAAACCCAUGCGACUGAGAAAAACAAAUCGUGUGGGUAAGGGAACCCCCACUGCAGGUGGGUGUGGGCCUUCCUCCCGCCCUCCUUUAAGGAAACCCAAAGAACCCUUCCUACUUCCUACUGCAGAACAUUUCCACCAGCAGGUCCCCACUGCUUUCUCAUUCCUGUCGUGCCCCCAGGCAGAAUGUGCCCUGGUGCCUAGUGGGCGUGCGUGUGGAGUAGCAGAGGGACAGCCGCCUUGCCCACGUCCUGUUCCCGCGCCAGCCGUUUUGACAGCCGACCAGCUGUCAGCCUUCGGAGAAGCAACGGAGGGAGAAGGCGGGCCGCCCGCUCGGGCCUGGGCGAGGCCGCCCGAGGUUCACACGGUCCUUAGCCACACGUUUCCUUUUGGGGCCAGUGCGGGCGGGGCAUCCGGAGACAAAGCGGACGCCCUGCCCGGCCCUGGCCGGAGGGGAGGUUCUCUCGGCCUCGCUGGGGUCACGUCGCUUCACCCGGCGGCGCUGGUUGCCGGUCUGGGCGGUGGGGCUAAGACCCGAGACAGUCGGAGGAGUAAA